AAUACGUAUCACAAGGUCAUUAAGCGGAGACAGUAAAGAAGUCAGGCCCUUUGUCAGUCAACUGUGUGGUAUAUGUUUCAGACUUUCGUGUCAACUGGAGCAACAACCUUGUCAGUACCACGUUUUCACCAGCAACUUAAAAAUCUAACGAAAACUAAACGGGUCGCCACUCUACAUAAUGAAUGUUAGUUUAAGACCCGACCAUUCACUUCUCGACCCGAAUUUUGAGUCUUAUAAACUCAGUCUGCUUAAAAUACCUAUUUAUGAGGCAAGUAGUCAAAAUGGAGUUUACUGCAAACCUCUCAACGAAGUUACUUCUAAACAACAUCUCAAAGCAUACAAUAAUAUUAACUGCCUGUGUGUUAAUCCAUUUGAUACCAGCUAUGUUUACUACAUGAGUACCGAUGGGUCUUUAGUGUCGAUGAAGGUACCACAGUAUCCACAAAACUUCAACCAAGGAACCAUUGUUUUCACACUUCCUGAUUGGUGUGAACCAUCUGAUGAAAAGUUUCGUAGUGUGUCGAUCCAGUUUCCUGCGCUAUAUUAUGUAUCUUUGUAUGAUGGUUUAGGUAAUCUAUAUCUCCUAAAGCCAGAUGUUCAACAAAGAAAUGAUUUACUCAACGUUGUUAGCAGGAUCCAACCUCCUGUCCAUGAGAAAGAUAGUCAGCUAUUAGACUGUUUACUUAAUUCUGAUGAAACUUCUCAUCAACUCUUUUUGGAUUGUUUAUUUGUUGGUAUUUCGAAAAAAUCUGAAGAAGAUCCCAUAUGUAGCGAUUCGACUUCAACUUAUGUGACGUAUCUUGAAUGGAUCUCUUACAGCUCACCAGAAUCCAACAUGUCUUGGUCCAUAGUGCGGCACCAGAAAUUCGUUGCAUCUUCAUUUCCUGAGUUCGCUGCCUUCGAGGGUGAUUGUUCAGCACUGCAUAUUUGCUCAGAAAGAAAAUUUCACGCUAUUUACGACUCCUGCAAUCCAUCUGUUCAUGAAAACUACCUUAAUAAAUACUCUGAGUCUAAACAAAUGGAUACAGAAGAUACAUGUAUUGGACAGGAUCCCGAGUUUCUCGUAACUUGGACACAAACUGACGCCGAAGAUAUCAAUCCUAGUUUGCUCAAUGUCACUUUUACGCUAAAUGGUAUCACUCUCCCAUCUUCAUAUGAUUCGAAUAUUGUUUCUGUGGAAAUCAUUCCAAUCUGUGAAGAGUCAUCUAAACACCAGAUACUCCGCGCGAACCUGCACUCCUAUAUUCCAGUCACGAAAACUAAAAAAAUUAGUGAUCGCCCUAUCACACUGAUUGAUCAGAUGCUCUAUGAACCAGUAGAACCCAAUCCCUCGUGGACCUAUGAUCGAAAAAAUAACCGCAUUGAAAUACGCAUAACUAAACAGAAUUCCCAUUACUGGCCCCGUUUGUUACUCGAUCCACAUGAAAAUAAAAUAUUAACUGGAAUGCACUGCUCACAUCACACUGGUCUGGAUGAUCAAAUGCGUGUACAAUCAGAUGGAAAGGCUGAUUUGACAUCGAAACCGCCUUUCAAUGUUGGCCAGCUAGAAGAAGUUGAUUUCCCAAUGAGUGAAGAUGAAACUGAUCUUUUAUUACAAAGGUUCGACCAUGAAACUCUCAAGUGUACUCAUCAGCGAAUUGCUCUAAUUUAGGCCUAUUUAUCAGGACACCAAUGGUUGUUCAAAAUUCGUUGUGCUACGGGGAAACCAAAUGCUACACACGCUUUCUGUAUCCGUCAUGAUGUAGAUGGGAUAGUUUGGUUACCACUAUGCCAGAAUACACUGACAGGAAGAGACCCAUGUGUAUGGAGACAUGUUUCAACUUUGCAAGCAUUUGGCUACGUUCUCGCCAGUAAACGUGAAAGUAGGUUUGUUUCUAGUCCAGUUUUAUCGGAGGGAUCUCCACUAAAAUUUGUGGCAGUUGCAGACUUGACAAGGAGAAUCUACAUAUAUUGUCAGCCCCUAUCAAAUGAUUCUAAGGAUACAGAACUCCGGAAACGCACAACAGCUAACUCAUCUUCAGCAAAAAAGCAACAGAUUGUACAUGUCGCAUCACAACACGUAGUUACCCUACCAACUAAUGACCCAAUAAUUGGAUUUGUUGCUACAGACAAACCCUAUCCAUCAGUUUUGGUAUGCACACAGUCUACAUUGUACUUGUUAUCACUUGAUGGAUGAAAGCAAAUUACUUGCGUUAUCAGUUGUAUUUUUGCCAUAGUAAAUUUUACAUAAGAUUGUUGAAAACGUUUCUGUUUGCAUAUCGUACGCUUUUUGUAAUUUCCGUGUAUUGAAGAAAAUUCGGUAUAUUAUAUU